AUGCAUGCCUUAAUUUUAAAAUUAUCAAAAUUGUUUAUAAAUAAUUUAAUUAGCAAAGAUUUAAUAAAUUCAAAAUUGAAAAUGGAAUAAAUAAAAAAAGAAGGUUAGAUAACUAUUUUGUUUGGAGGAAAAAUAUCAGUGGGUAAAUCUAAUAUUGCUCAAAAAUUUUGUGGAGUUGAUAAUUAAUUACCUUAUUGCAUUAAUAGAAUCUAAAAAUGCGGUAUGAAUUUAAAAAUAACUUUAAUAGACACAUUAAGACAUGAAAUAUUCGGAGCUGGUAAUAUGAAAAAUUAUUUUAAGUUGAUUUUGAAAGGCGGUUGUUUAGUUUUGGUUUAUGAUAUUACAGAUAGAAAUUCUUUUGAAGAAAUGAUUAAAUAUUAUUUUGAAUCAAUGAAAAUAUAGGAUAGGAAAUUUACUUACCUUCUGCUUGGAAAUAAGUUAGAUUAAUCUUUUAAUAGACAAGUUAGCUUUAGUGAAGGAAAAUCUUUUUCAGAUUCUUAUGGAAUUUUGUUUUUUGAAGUAUCAUCACUAUUUAAAUUAAAUAUAGAAGAAGCAUAUAACUAGCUUAUAGAAGAAACCAUUGAAAGAAUUUUUUGA